UCAUCCCAUAUCUCAUUCCCAUUCCCCAAACGAAAUCCGCCGCAGCCCAGCGCUCCUCCGAUCCUUCCCCUCUCGGUCUCGGUCUCGUCUCGGCAUUUCCAAAUCCUUGCAACGGACGCAGGAGCUCAGUGCUCCUCCUCCCAGAUCUCCGAUAUCCCGAUGGCUCCCACGGUGGCGGCGGAGGCGGCGGCGGCCAAGGGGCAGCUGCAGCACACGGGGAAGGCGGUGGGGCUCGCCGCGCACGACGCGUCCGGCCACCUCGCGCCGCUCACCAUCACCCGCAGGAGCACUGGAGACGAUGAUGUAGCGAUAAAGAUCCUGUUCUGUGGGAUGUGCCACUCUGACCUGCACAGCAUCAAGAACGAGUGGGGCAACGCCAUGUACCCCAUGGUCCCUGGCCACGAGAUCGCCGGAGUGGUGACGGAGGUGGGCAAGAACGUGACGAGGUUCAACCCCGGCGACCGCGUCGGCGUGGGCUGCAUGGUGAACUCGUGCCAGUCGUGCGACGGCUGCGCCGAGGGCUUCGAGAACACCUGCGGCGGCGGCAUCAUCUUCACCUACAACUCCGUCGACCGCGACGGCACCGUGACCUACGGCGGCUACUCGAGCAGCGUCACGGUGCACGAGCGGUUCGUGGUGCGGUUCCCCGACGGGAUGCCGCUGGACCGCGGCGCGCCGCUGCUGUGCGCCGGCAUCACCGUGUACAGCCCCAUGAAGUACCACGGCCUGAACAAGCCCGGGAAGCACGUCGGCGUGCUGGGGCUGGGCGGCCUUGGCCACGUCGCCGUCAAGCUCGCCAAGGCGGCGUUCGGGAUGAAGGUCACCGUCAUCAGCACGUCGCCGGGGAAGAAGCAGGAGGCCAUGGACCGGCUCGGCGCCGACGCCUUCGUCGUCAGUAAGGACGCCGAGGAGAUGAAGGCGGCGGCGAGCACCAUGGAUGGCAUCAUCAACACGGUGUCCGCCAACAUCCCCCUGGCGCCGUUCAUGAGCCUGCUCAAGCCCAACGGCAAGAUGAUCAUGGUCGGCCUGCCCACCAAGGCUCUCGAGAUCCCGCCGUUUGAUCUCAUCAUGGGGAACAAGACCCUGGCGGGGAGCUGCAUCGGCGGCAUGAGGGACACGCAGGAGAUGCUCGACGUGGCGGCCAAGCACGGCGUGACGGCGGACAUAGAGCUGGUGGACGCCGACUACGUGAACACGGCCAUGGAGCGCCUCGCCAAGGCUGACGUCAGGUACCGCUUCGUCAUCGACAUCGGCAACACCCUCAAGAAUGCAGAUCAGUGAUCACAUGCAUGCAUGCAUGUGGCGACACUGCUGCUUGUACCUUCUCGGCUAUAUGAUGAACCGUUUCAUAUUUUUGUCGGUGAUAUUGUAGCAACGACGGACGUAAUAAAUAAUGUAGUAUGAUCUAAAAAAAUAAAUAAUGUAGUAUGAUGAUUACCUUCA